AUGGGCCAGCUGCUCCUGCUGCUGCUGCUCCUGCUGCCGCUGCCGGGCCUGGAGGCCAAGAGGAAGGAGGCCAUCUGGGUCUUCGUGGUGCCGCACAGCCACAUGGACGUGGCCUGGGGCCAGGAGAACAUGCUCACAUACGCGUCCAACGUCUACACAUCUGUGGUGGGGGCACUGAUGCAGUCCAAGAAGCGCAGGUUCAUCAUCGUGGAGCAGGCGUAUUUCCGGAUGUGGUGGGACGGAGUUGCCUCAAAACAGCAGAAACGUCAGGUUCGUCGGCUCCUGAACCGGGGACGCCUGGAGUUUGUCACAGGAGGCCAGGUGAUGCAUGACGAGGCAGUGACACACAUGGAUGACCAGAUCCUACAGCUCACAGAAGGACACGCGUUUCUCUAUGAGGCGCUCGGCGUCCGGCCACAGUUUUCCUGGCAGGUCGACUCGUUCGGCGCCUCUGCCACGACCCCCACCCUCUUCUCCCUGGCGGGCUUCCAGGCCCAUGUCAUCUCCCGCAUCGACUAUGACCUGAAGGAGAACAUGCAGAAGACCAAGAGCUUGCAGUUCGUGUGGCGAGGGUCCCGCUCCCUGGAGCUGCAGAAGCAGGAGAUCUUCACGCACAUCCUGGACCAGUUCAGCUACUGCCCGUCGGGGUUUCGAUGGGAAGGCCUGGCCACGUUCCCAGAUCUACCACUGGGUGGAAAAUACCCUGAAAUGGACCCACCCAUCACUCCUCGCAACAUUGAAACCUACGUGAAAGAGCUGGUCCUUGACGUGAAGCACCGGGCUCAUUGGUUCAAGACUCAGAAGUUGCUUUGGCCCUGGGGCUGUGACAAGCAGUUCUUCAAUGCCUCACUGCAGUUUGGCAACAUGGACCUUCUGCUGAAAUACUUCAAGAGGAACGAAUCGCGGCUGGGCAUCUCCGUGCAGUACGCCACCCUGAGGGAGUAUUUCAGCGCCCUUCAUGCUCUCAACAUCACCUGGAAAGCGCGUGCACACGAAGACUUCCUCCCCUACUCCUCAGGGGAGUUUCAGGCCUGGACGGGCUUCUACGCCUCCCACAGUGGGCUCAAGGCCCUGGCCAGGCAGGCCAGCGCCCUGUUAUAUGCUGCGGAGUCCAUGUUCGUGCGGCACCUGUGGCCAGAGCACGACUCGACUGUGAACGCCUCCUGGGCCCUGCAGCAGCUGCAGCAGCUCCGCUGGGCCGUGUCCGAGGUCCAACACCACAAUGGAAUCUCUGGGACUGGGAGCAAUAGGAUGAGAGAUAUGUACGUGGAACACCUGGCCGCGGGCAUGGACGGUGUGCACCGGCUGAUGGCCUCCAUCGUCAGCGGGAGUGGACAGAGUGGCCCAUCUGACAAAGAUGCAGAUUCUAUCGGACUCUCUGCGGUCAUCUACAACCCUUUGGCCUGGAACCUCACCACCAUCGUCUCCCUGACCGUGGACUAUCCCAAACUCAGAGUCACGGAUGGGCUGGGCAGGUCUGUGCCUCCACAGUUGCAGAAAUCAAAGACGAUACCGAACAAAUAUGAACUGUAUAUGUUGGUCACCAUCCCAGGACUGAGUUACCAGCAGUACAUCAUCUGGCAGAGCCAGGGCAAACAGGGCACUUUGCUCAACAUAUCGAGGCCAAGUUAUUUUGGCCGGAGGAGAAGAAUUUCCAUGUUGUCGGAUGAAAAGCACCUCAUGUCGGUGCAGAAUGACUGCUACACCAUCUUCCUGGACCAGGACACCAACCUGCUGCACAGCAUCCGGGAGAGAGAGAGUAACAGGACAGUCCCCCUAAGGCAAGAGUUCCUGGAGUACCACAGCAGUGGCAACGUGUUCGAAGGCCCCACUUCAGACAGCUAUCUGUUCCUUCCCACUGAGGCAGCCGAGCAAGCCUGGGGUGCUGUGGCAUUGGAGAUCGUGGCUGGGAAGCUCCUGACUGAGAUCCGGCAGUAUUUCUACAGAGACGAGAUGGAUUCUUCUUACACCUAUGCCAUCUUUUCCCGGCUGGUGCACGUGUCGAGGGAUGCCGAGGGGGAGCUGCUAUGCUAUCGAAUAGAGCAGGAGCUCAGAGUGGGCCCUUUGCAGAUCAACCGUGAGGCUAUCCUGAGGACCAGCACCAACCUAAACACUUACCGCCACUUCUACUCUGACGGUAACGGCUACCAGAUGCAGAGGCGGACCUACAGAGAUCACGCCAACAACAACAUCGCUCGGAAUUACUACCCCAUGGUGCAGUCGGCCUUCAUCCAGGAUAACCAGAGCCGGCUGGUGGUGCUGUCUGAUCAGGCACACGGCGUGUCCAGCCAGGACAACGGGCAGGUCGAGGUCAUGCUACAUCGCCGCCUGUGGAACGUAGACCAAGUGAAGCGUUCACUCAACCUCAUGCUGGUCGACGACUCGGUGGCCAGUCCUGUGUUCUGGCUCCUGCUGGGCCCCCUACGGCUGACCACAGCCCUGCACCAUCAGAGCGGGCUGGCACUGCAGCACAGGCCCAUUGUGCUGUUGAGAGAACUGAGGGAUACAGACCAAAAUGUCCCAGGCCACAGGUGCCAACGUUCCAUGACGCUGCCCCCCAGUCUCCACCUGCAGCUCCUGAGCGUCCCCGGCUGGACCUACAGCUCCAACCACACGAAGCACCUGCGGAAUAUCAAGGGAGGUCACCAGGCGCAGGUCAAGGCCAACCUCCACCGUGUCCUACUGCGGCUCCAGCACCUGUUUGAGGUCGGGGAGGACCCAGUGCUGUCUCAGCCAGUGACGGUGAACCUGAAGGUCCUGCUGCGAGGGCUGGGCUCGGUGCAGAUGGUGGAGGAGCGCUCCCUCACGGGCACCUGGGCCGUGGGCUCCCUGCAGCGCUGGAGGUGGAAGACGCGCCUUGGCCAGCUCAGAGCAGUGUAG